AUGUCGUCGUCACAACUGCCAGACGACGGCAGCUUGCCAAACAUGGCGGGCGAAGGCGUCAUACCAGCGUCCUUCUUUGACAUGCCCAUCGAGUACGGAGCCGGCGAUGCCAACAUGAAUAUGGAUUUCGGCUCGAUGCCUGGCUUCCCGGCUCCCGACGCUACCAUGACGGAUGCAUCUGACUUUGAUGCGAUGACUGCUCAGAUCGCUGCGACUAUGCCUUCACUCAAUGAUGCAUCUUCUUUCUCGAUGCCGGGGCCCUCCUAUGUAGCGCAAGCACCUCAGCCAUAUCCAUCCGGUGUACCCAUCAAGAUGGAGAUCGACAAUCCCGGCAGUUUUGCCGCCUCACCCUCUGCAACGUCAGAGUCAUCGAUGCACAAGCCCUCGGCACCGAAAGCGAAGAAGCCGGCCAAGCCCAAGACCGAGGGAGCAGAAGCGAAGCCCAAGCCCAAAAAGCCAAAGAAGAAGCCAGCGGAUGCUUCGAACAACGAUGCGGUUGCCUCUAGCUCGACUGAACAGUCGUCAAAAGAUGCAGCUGCAUCACCGGCACCCAAAGCGAAGAAAGCAAGCAAAAAGAAAGCAGCGGAUCCGGCACAGACGUCCUCUGCUACCGCUUCACCAGCACCUUUUGCCACUCCCGCCUCGCCUUCGAAAGAUGCCAAGCCGAAAUCCAAAAAGGCAGGCGCAUCGAGAGCAGGUGCCAAGGCCGGCGGUAAGGCGAGAUCUUCCACUGCCAGAUCGGCAUCACGCAUGUCCUCCAUCGGCAGAGAUGGAGCGACACCAGGCGCAUCUCGCGUCAGCAGUCAGCGACCACACGACGAAGGGAACGACGACGACGAGCCGGCACCCAACCCACAAGCUGCAGCGCCGGAGGAGGACGAAGAAGGGGAAGACGAGGAAGCCGACCCGGACGACGGCGUCGAAGAGCUAGGUCGAGACCACUUCUCCACGCAGGAAGCCAUCUAUGCAGCACAGCAACGCAACAUGGGUCUACUUUCCAUGGUCAUGGACGAAGAUCAACUCGAUCGACACAUGGCUUCGCGCAGAGGCGCGUUGAACAAGACCAGCGUGCGAAAGCUCGUCAACCACGUGCUGUCGCAGUCUGUCUCGCAGCAUGUGGCCAUGGUGGUCUCCGGUGUAGCAAAGAUCUUUGUCGGAGAGAUCAUCGAAAAGGCUCGCGAGAUCCAAUCGGUACGCGGGGAAUCAGGACCACUGAGGCCGAACCAUCUUCGAGAAGCUCAUCGACAGUAUUACUUGAAACGCGAGAGACCAGGGCAUUAUCCGCCGGGGACAAAUGCUGGGCUCCCUGGCUUGGGCAAGAGGAGACGCCUCUUCUAG